UAAACAUGAGUUAGGGGGAAGGAUAAGGUGAUGGGAGCAGCGAUACACAAAAGGUUAGAGUCGACUAACCAAAGGACGCAUGAGGGAUUACAAGAUUGAAAGAGGUUCCAGGGGGUGGACAAUAGCUGAUCGGGGCCACACAUAUCUGAACAGCAAUUUUAAAACAAGAAUUCAUAUGUCAAAGAAGCCAAGGCUUUAAAGACUUGAAGGAAGACAGGAGUCACACAGCGGAACCAUUUAGCGGGAUUGAAGCUCUUUCCGGACCUGCAUUGGCAUCACGCCAGCUUCCAGGCGCGGGGAAUCUUUAUCGGCGUUGCACAGAGGCGCCGGUUGCCAGGGAGACGGCUGAGGCUUAUCCCUGGGGACUGCUCAUUUGGAGGACAAGACAUAGGAAAGGGAGCAAGAGAGUUAGUGAAACAUCCAUGUGAAAGAGAAUAGAAACCAGCGUUAAAUGCGCGACAAAUAAAGAGUUUAGGCUUACUUUGAUUUUAUAGAUCGGAUGGUGUCAGUAUGCUUUGGUGGAGGAGCAUGGGUCUCUAAGAGAAUGAAGUUUGGAGAAGUUUCCUUAUGUUGAGGUUUUGUGGGCGUGCAGUGCUCUGCCACAAGAUGUAACCGAUUCCGAUGGCAGCUAAGUCUGGCGCCAAGUCCAGGAAUGUCUUUGACUUCAGCAGCAAGCAGGUAAAAAAAAUUGAACAUGGAUCUAGAUGGUGAAGAUGAAGUAACAGAGCCUGACAAUGAUGAUACAGCAGACAAUGAAGAUCUUGAGCUAGAGAAUGAGAACAACUUUCUUACCAGUGUGCUCACAGGAGAUAUUGAGAACCUACGCAAGUGUUUUGAAUUCAUAGAUGAUCCAAACCGCGAAAUAGCAAAUGGUUGGCUAAAUAUACAUGAUGACUUCAGCAGAAAUGCCCUCUUUGCAGCCUCUAUGCUGGGUCAUCAGCAAAUUAUUACUGAGUUGGUGACACGAGGAGCAGAUGUGAACGAGAAAACCAGUAGAGGGUACACUCCCUUACAUUGUGCCGCUGCCUGGGGUAAGCUGGAGAGCCUAAAAACUUUGGUGGACCUUGGCGCUAAUGUUCAAGAAGCCAACUUUAGAGGAGAAAAGGCACGAGACAUAGCUAAUCGAUAUUCAAAGAGUGACUGCGUGGAGUUUCUAGAUUGGGCAGAAGGCAAACAGAUUUUGGAGUUGUAUAUUAAUAAUAUUCAGGAAAUGGUUGCUGAUCUCGAAAAAACCCAAGGCAAGCUGGCCAAGCAAGAUAAGGCUGUCUUUACAAAUGCCUGCCGUGCAAAAUCUGAAUGGCUGAAUUCGGCACAGAAUGCUUCCAUACAGGAAUUUGAGGAGCAAAAGAAACAGUUGGAAGUGACUCUGGAACCAAUCAUUGCCAAACUAAAAAUACCAUUAGUGGCUCCCAUUUGGAAACUGGUUACCAUUACAGUCUGCGUCAUUAAUGGAUGAAGAUGUUAACACUAAAGGAUUAACAAUUGGUUCCCAUUAACAAUGGCUUGUACAGCUUGUUGGUAACAGAUGUUUACAAAUACCAUUGGUGUAUCUUGAAGCUAUUACAAAAAAUAAAUAUGGAGAAGUGGCAGAAAAA